AUGGCAGACGCAGCCGUUGCAGCUCCCGCCGACAAGAAGGCACCACCCAAGUUCAAGCAGAGGGCUGCUCGCACUUUCAAGAGCAAGGCCCCUAAACCAGGCCAGAAGGGAUUCGGAGAUGACAUUCCCGGCAUGGAGGGCCUCGGCACAGACAUCACAGUGGUUUGCCCAUGGGAGGCCUUCGGUGACAUGGAGCUCAGUGACCUGGCGAAAUACGGAAUUGUCUAG